AUGGGUCACCCCGGGACACGGCAUCCCCACGUGACACGCGACGAAGGACCUUCCCCCGGGCUCGUCAUUGCAUGUGGAUUGAAAGGAGAGCAUCGAGGGCGGAUUGAGGACUUUAUAGGAAGGCUCUGCUGCAGAAGCAUGGCAUCCAAUCCAGCUGUUAAGCCCCUCAAGCUGAAGAUCAAGCUCAAACAGGACGGCGGGGCUGAGAUCACACCUCCAGAGGACCGCCGAAAGGAGAACACCUUUUAUGAAGGCAGAGAACGCAAGCGCCAGAAGCAUGGGGGCGAUACUUACGGAGAACGCGGAUAUGAAACGCAAGAAGCGGAGCCAAGGAGGGGCCAGCGCAGGCAUGAGGAAAGGGCUUCUGAGGAUGAGGCGCCCGCUCAAGGCGGCCGCCCGAAGCGUGCCAAGCGCCAGAGCUAUGCUGAGCUCGAAAACACGUCCUUCUUCGACGAGGAGCCCGAGGUGCCGCGCAGGGGCAGGGGCAAGGGUGGCAAGGCCCGCUCGACGAGUGGCUCGGUUGCUGACUUCAGCGAUGACGCCCGGGCAGUGGCGGCGGGGCUCCGGGAGCGAAAGGGGGUCAAGAAGUCGUAUGCUGAGGAGGAGGUGGAUGCUUACCUGGAUGGAGAACUGAUGGAAGAAGACACUGGGUAUGAUGCGGCGGGGGACGAGGGGGGGGCUCCUUACGAGGAGAGUCGGCUUGCAAACAUGGAGAAAAUCAUCGACUGGCGUGUCGUGACGGACCGUUUGGGCGCCGACAAUCAGCUGGGGUCGCCUCGGUCGACCAAGAAGCGGAAGGAGUACCUGCUCAAGUGGAAGGGCCAGUCUCAUUUACACGCCAGCUGGGUCCCGAUCGAGGAAGUAGAGGAGGCGGCCCAAUACCUGCUGGGCCUGCGUGCCAAGCUGCGCAACUUCCAAAACAAGGUGGAGUACCAGAUGGGGGGAGACGUUGCUGGCGACGACUCCGAGGGACACGGCCUGCUGCGAGUUGAGUGGACAACGGUCGACCGGGUGAUUGACUCCAGGCACAACGGUGAGGACAACCUCGAGUACCUCGUCAAGUGGAAAGAGCUCGGCUACGACGAGUGCACGUGGGAAUUUGAAGACGACAUCGCCGCGUUCGGUGACGCGAUUGAGCGCUACCGGCGCUUCAAGAAGCGGAGGAAACGGGGGGCCGAAGAAGAGCGCGAAGAAGGGGGGGAGAAGAAGCGGAAGCGGCUGCUGAAGGUGGGCGAGGCGCGGAGGGGCAGGGGCGCAUUCGAAAAGCUGGAGGAGACGCCGGAGUAUCUCACGGGAGGCCAGUUGCACCCGUACCAGCUGGAGGGCCUCAACUGGCUACGCUUUGCGUGGCAGCAGCAUAAGCACGUGAUCCUCGCGGACGAGAUGGGCCUCGGCAAGACCAUCCAGACCAUAGCGUAUGUGGUUUCGCUCAAGGAAGACGGCGCGUCGGAGCGUCCGCACCUAGUUGUGGCCCCGCUGUCCACGCUGCGCAACUGGGAGAGAGAGUUUCAGGUCUGGACGCCGCAGCUGAACGUGAUCAUGUACGUCGGAUCCGGCCCCGCGCGGCAGAUCAUCCGGCAGCACGAGUUCUACUUCAAGGAGAGCAAGAAGCACAAGCACCAGGGCGGCUCCGAGAAGCACCGCCACAUCAAGUUCGACGUGCUGCUGACGUCAUACGAGACAGUGCUGGCGGAUGCCGGCAUCCUCAAGGGCAUCAAGUGGGACAGCAUGGUCGUGGACGAGGGCCACCGGCUGAAGAGCGCCGAGUCGAAGUUGUCCAAGGCGCUGCACGACCUGCGCAGCGAGCACCGCAUCCUGCUCACGGGGACGCCCCUCCAGAACAACCUCGACGAGCUCUUCAUGCUCAUGCACUUCCUCGACGCCACCAAGUUCUCCAGCCUGGAAGCUUUCCAGCAGGAGUUUGCGGACAUUGGACAGGAGGAGCAGGUCGUGCGGCUGCACAAGCUGCUCGCACCACACAUGCUGCGAAGGUUGAAGAAGGACGUCCUGAAAGCGAUGCCCCCCAAGAAAGAGCUGAUCGUGCGCGUCGAGCUGAGCGCCCACCAGAAGAAGCUGUACAAAGCGGUCCUCACGCGUAACUACGAAGUGCUCAGCGGCGGGAAGGGCCAGGCGUCGCUGAGCAACGUGGUCAUGGAGCUGCGCAAGGUGUGCGGGCACCCAUACCUCUUCGACGGCCAGGAGACGUUCGUGCCGGACCCACGGGAAGCGGAGCGGCACUUGGUGGAGGCGAGCGGCAAGAUGGUGCUGCUGGACAAGAUGAUGCCCAAGCUCAAGGCGCAGGGCCACCGCGUGAUCAUCUUCUCCCAGUUCACGCGCGUGCUGGACCUGCUCGAGGACUGGCUCAACGCCAAGGGUUGGGGCUACCAGCGCAUUGACGGGAGUGUCACGGGCGCGACGCGCCAGAUUCGCAUCGACCAGUUCAACAACCCCGAGUCAAAACAGUUCGUCUUCCUCUUGAGCACGAGGGCGGGGGGGCUGGGUAUCAACCUGGCCACAGCUGACACUGUUAUUAUCUACGACAGCGACUGGAACCCGCACAACGACCUGCAGGCCAUGGCGCGCGCGCACCGGCUGGGCCAGAAGAACGAGGUCAUGAUCUACCGGCUCGUGACACGUGCCACCAUCGAGGAGCGCAUGAUGCAGAUGACCAAGAAGAAGAUGAUGCUCGAGCACCUGGUCGUCGGGAAGAUGACGAAAGCGCAGAUGCUGAAUCAGGAGGAGCUGGACGAGAUUGUGCGGUACGGGGCCAAGGAGCUGUUUGCGGAUGAAGGAGAAGGGGUUGACGGGAAGAAGGCGCGGUCGAUCGUGUACGACGAUGCGGCGGUGGAUAAGUUGCUGGACCGCAGCCAGGCGCUGGAGGCGGAACCGGCCCUAGACGAGGGCCAGGACAACGAGUACCUGAAGGCGUUCAAGGUCGCCAACUUCGCAUACGCCGAAGACGAAGCGGCGGCGAACGAGAUCCAAGCAGAGGACGCGCGACUGGAGGCGGAGUUAGAGGAAGAGAAGCAGCGGGGGCGGGAAUACUGGGAGGAGCUGCUGCGGUCCCGGUGGGAAGAUGCGUAUGUGCGGCAAGAAGUGGAGAUGGGGAAGGGGAGGAGGAGCCGGAAACAGAUCCGGUACGUGGAGGAUGACCUGGCCGGAAUGGCGGAGCUGAGCUCCGACGAAGAGGAACCGGAACCGGAAGAGCCCGAGGGCAGCCCCGCAGCGGCGAUGGCUACGCCCGCGGAAAGGAAGAAGAAAGCGCCGGCCAGGGAACCGGUGAUUCCAACCGGGCCGCCCCCACCCCCACCGCUGUUGGAAGGAGAAGGGAAGGGCCUGAAGGUGCUCGGGUUCUCGCACAAGCAGAGGACCACGUUCGUGAAAACGCUGAUGCGCUACGGGUUCAGCGACCCCGACUGGACGGAGUUCACCAACCGGCUGCCCAACAAGCCCCUCCCACUCAUCAAAGAAUACGCGGCGCUGUUCCUGAGCCACAUCAUCGAAGAGGAAGAGGGCACCAGCGCAGGGCUGGACACGUUCAAGGACGGAGUACCCAAGGAGGGUCUCCGGGUUUCGGACGUCCUGACGCGGCUGGCAGUUGUCCAACUGAUUGCGGACAAGGUUAAGGAGCUCGACGCCGACCCGGCCGCCUCCGUCCUUCAGCUACCCGACGAAGCUUUCAACGACCACGCGCCCUUUGGGGGCCUGCGCCGCGCUACCAACGUCUGGCGGGAAGAGCACGACAAACGGCUCUUGCGGGGCAUCAUGAAGCACGGUUACAGUCAGUGGAAAGAAAUCGGGUUUGAUCCGGAGUUAGGGUUGCAGCAAGUUUUGCGGGAAGAGGCGCAGGUGCCGGCGGGGGGGGUGCUCGUCAUCGGGGGGGUGAAAGUGGUGCCGAAGAGCCCCCGGGAGGAGAGCGGGGGGGGGGAUGCGAAGGUUCAGGGGGUAGAGGCUGGGGUCAGUGUAGAGAAGAAUGGGGUCAAUGGGGAGGGGGAGGGAACAGUACAGGGGCCCGAGAACGCUGAAGUGAAGUUGGAGAAAGAUGGGCCUGAGGGGGGGAACUUGAAUGCGAGUGAGAACGGGGGCCAGGAAGGGGGGGAGGCGGUGGAAGGGGCCUUGUCGCAGCCAGCGGCUAAGCCCGACGCAGAAGGGGAGCUGGGAAGUGCGAAUGAGAUGCCGUUAGUAAAGCUGGCGGACGGAGUCGUGACGGGGGCGGUUCAGAAGGGGGAAGAGAGGUCGCCGAAUGGAGUGAAGGAGGAAGGGGGAGAGCCGGAAGAGGGGGCGACGGAUAGAAGGGGGCAGGGCGGAACGGAAGAGGGAUCCCCCACUGUAAAGCUGGAAGGUGUGAAGGCGGAAGAAGGUGUGACGAUGGAGGAAGAACGUCCUAAUGUAAAGGCAGUGGCAGGAGGGGGGCAAAGCCCAGAAAGCGUCGAUGUUGCGGGGUCGUUGAAAAAGGAGGCACAAGAGGGGGAGAUGGGAGCUAGAGAAUCGCAGGAAAAGGUUGUAGAGGAAGAGAAUGAGGGAGCCGAAAGUAAGGCGAACGGUAUGCUGCACGGAAAGCCGGAGGUGACCAAUGGAAAGGGGGAAGCGAAAGCAGGGGAGAAUGGGGGAGACGGCUCAGUGCCGAACCAGGCCGGGUCAAGUCAGGCUGACCCGCACAUCCAGCGGCGGAUUGUCGAGUGGCUCAAGCGAAGGGUGGCGCUUCUUGAAAAGGGCCUGAACACAGCGCACCUGAUCAAAGAAACCGGGAACGCCUUCAUCGAAGAGCCGCCGGAAAGCUCGAGCGACUCGGAAGACGAGGACGGGCUUGCCGGGCGCGGGGACCUGUCAGGGUUUGGGGGUUUGGGAAGCGCGCGGGGGCGCGGGGGCGCGAUCAAACCGGCCGGGAUGGAGUUACCGGGCCCUAUUUUCGAGGCGAUUACGAGCCAGGAAGUGGCGGUCCUUGCUCCCGACCAAGAUCCGGAGCGGUUGGAAGUGAUCAGCGUGUACAACAACAUGUGUAAGCUGCUGCUGGAGACGCGGUUCGACGCGCACGAAGCAUACCGGGGGAACAAGGCGGCCGGGCUGCGGUUACGGAAAGCGACUCGGGAACUGGACAGCAUGGGGAACAGCAUCCGGCAGGCGCUGGUUUACACCAAGCCGAAGAGCCCGAUUGUGGAGCGGCGCAACGGAGAGGCGGCUAAAGGUUCCGAAAACGAGGGGCAAGCAGAGGGGCACGAAGAGAACGCUAAGGGUGCCGACGAGGAGGGGCCGGAGGCGAUGGAGGUUGACGACGAAGCGACGGAGAGUGACUCGGAUGAUGAACCGGUCACUCCCAACCGGGCGUCGACUGAGCCUGGUACACCGCCCCGGGUUUGGCCACAUACCGAAACCGGUUUGCAACCGGUUAGUGAAAACCCAACCGGAGGAGAGCGGCAACCUGGGGAGAAAGCGGGAGUGUCGAGCGUGGGCUUUGGCAGCCCACUAGCCGCGCAGACUGUGAAAAUUGACACUGCUUUCGGAAGCCCGGUCUCUGCAGCGAAAGUCAAGCCGUCUCACGAGGAGAAUAGGGAACCAUCGGGUCAGGCAGACAUGACCUCGGAGGCGGAUGAUGAACGGCAGGAGGGUGCAGCGGACGGGAAUGCCGGGGAUGCGGAGAACGACGAUUGGGUAGUGCCUGACAGCGAUGAGGACUGAUGGCAUGAUGUUGUUGGCAAUGAUUGAAUUGGAGCCAAGGCUUCCUUGCCCGAUCAUGCUUUAAGAGCUUGUUCAGGAAAACGUGGUGGAGUUGAUAACGCCCGACUCAGCUCACCGCACAUGCAAG